UCUCUGCUCCUCCCGGGACAAGCCCGCGCUCCGCCGGGGAGGGGGCAGCCCUUGCAGGCGCCUUCCUCGUCACCGCCGCCGCAGCGCCGGGAGCGGGAGCGGGCCGGGCCGCGAGCCCCGGAGCUAGAGGAGGGCAGGAGGAGGAGUCUCGGCUUCGGCGGGCCGCCCAGACAGAGGCCGUCAACAUGGCGAGCGCCUCGUACCACAUCUCCAAUCUGCUGGAGAAGAUGACAUCCAGCGACAAGGACUUCAGGUUUAUGGCAACAAAUGAUUUGAUGACAGAACUACAAAAAGAUUCUAUCAAGUUGGAUGAUGACAGUGAAAGAAAAGUAGUGAAAAUGAUUUUGAAAUUACUGGAAGAUAAAAAUGGAGAGGUACAAAACUUAGCCGUCAAAUGUCUUGGCCCUUUGGUGAGUAAAGUGAAAGAAUACCAAGUGGAGACAAUUGUAGAUACUCUGUGUACUAAUAUGCUCUCUGAUAAGGAACAGCUACGAGAUAUAUCGAGCAUUGGCCUUAAAACAGUAAUUGGAGAACUUCCUCCUGCUUCCAGUGGCUCUGCGUUAGCAGCUAAUGUUUGUAAAAAGAUCACAGGACGUCUUACAAGUGCUAUAGCGAAGCAGGAAGAUGUCUCUGUUCAGUUAGAAGCCUUGGAUAUUAUGGCUGAUAUGUUGAGCAGGCAAGGAGGACUUCUUGUUAAUUUCCAUCCUUCAAUUUUGACAUGUCUGCUCCCCCAGUUGACCAGCCCCAGGCUUGCAGUGAGGAAAAGAACUAUCAUUGCUCUUGGCCACCUGGUUAUGAGCUGUGGAAAUAUAGUUUUUGUUGAUCUCAUUGAGCAUCUGUUAUCAGAGCUAUCAAAAAAUGAUUCCAUGUCAACAACAAGGACCUACAUACAGUGUAUUGCCGCUAUUAGUAGACAAGCAGGUCAUAGAAUAGGUGAAUACCUCGAGAAGAUAAUUCCCUUGGUAGUAAAAUUUUGUAAUGUAGAUGACGAUGAAUUAAGAGAAUAUUGCAUUCAAGCCUUUGAAUCGUUUGUGAGAAGAUGUCCCAAGGAAGUUUAUCCCCAUGUUUCAACAAUUAUAAAUAUUUGUCUUAAAUAUCUUACGUAUGAUCCCAAUUAUAAUUAUGAUGAUGAAGAUGAAGAUGAAAAUGCUAUGGAUGCAGAUGGCUGUGAUGAUGAUGAUCAAGGGAGCGAUGAUGAAUACAGUGAUGAUGAUGACAUGAGUUGGAAAGUGAGACGUGCAGGAGCUAAAUGUUUAGAUGCUGUAGUUAGCACACGACAUGAAAUGCUUCCAGAAUUCUACAAGACUGUGUCUCCAGCCUUGAUAGCCAGAUUUAAAGAACGUGAAGAGAACGUAAAAGCAGAUGUGUUCCAUGCAUAUCUUUCCCUUUUGAAGCAAACUCGUCCUGUGCAGAAUUGGCUUUGUGAUCCUGAUGCAAUGGAACAAGGAGAGACGCCUUUGACAAUGCUUCAGAGUCAGGUUCCCAACAUUGUUAAAGCUCUUCACAAACAGAUGAAGGAGAAAAGUGUGAAGACUCGACAGUGUUGUUUUAACAUGUUAACCGAGCUGGUAAAUGUAUUACCUGGGGCACUCACACAGCACAUUCCUGUACUUGUACCAGGAAUAAUUUUCUCACUGAAUGACAAAUCCAGCUCAUCUAAUCUGAAGAUAGAUGCUUUGUCAUGCCUGUAUGUAAUCCUCUGUAACCACUCUCCUCAAGUCUUCCAUCCUCAUGUUCAGGCAUUGGUGCCUCCAGUGGUGGCUUGUGUUGGUGAUCCAUUCUACAAGAUCACAUCUGAGGCACUUCUUGUUACCCAGCAGCUUGUCAAAGUUAUUCGUCCUUUAGAUCAACCUUCUUCGUUUGAUGCAACUCCCUACAUCAAAGAUUUAUUUACCUGUACCAUCAAACGAUUAAAAGCAGCUGACAUUGAUCAGGAAGUCAAAGAGAGGGCUAUCUCCUGUAUGGGACAAAUCAUUUGCAGCCUUGGAGACAAUCUAGGUAGUGAUCUGCCUAGUACACUUCAGAUUUUCUUGGAGAGACUAAAGAAUGAAAUUACCCGGUUAACUACAGUGAAGGCUUUAACACUGAUUGCCGGGUCCCCCUUGAAGAUAGAUUUACGACCUGUUCUAGGAGAAGGGGUACCUAUUCUUGCUUCUUUUCUUAGGAAAAACCAGCGAGCUUUGAAACUGGGUACCCUUUCAGCUCUAGACAUCCUAAUUAAAAAUUACAGCGACAGCUUGACAGCUGCCAUGAUUGAUGCUGUUUUGGAUGAGCUUCCACCUCUUAUCAGUGAAAGUGAUAUGCAUGUAUCACAGAUGGCUAUCAGCUUUCUGACUACACUUGCUAAAGUGUACCCCUCCUCCCUUUCAAAGAUAAGCGGGUCCAUACUCAAUGAACUUAUCGGGCUUGUGAGAUCACCUUUGCUGCAGGGAGGAGCACUCAGCGCCAUGUUAGAAUUUUUCCAAGCUUUGGUUGUAACUGGAACAAAUAAUUUAGGGUACAUGGAUUUGUUACGCAUGUUGACAGGCCCAGUUUAUGCUCAGAGCACAGCACUUACUCACAAGCAGUCUUAUUAUUCCAUUGCCAAAUGUGUAGCUGCCCUUACUCGAGCAUGCCCUAAAGAGGGACCAGCUGUAGUAGGGCAAUUUAUUCAAGAUGUCAAGAACUCAAGGUCUACUGAUUCCAUUCGUCUCCUAGCUCUACUUUCCCUUGGGGAAGUUGGACAUCACAUUGACUUAAGUGGGCAACUUGAACUUAAAUCUGUAAUAUUAGAAGCCUUCUCAUCUCCUAGUGAAGAAGUCAAAUCAGCAGCAUCCUAUGCAUUAGGUAGCAUUAGUGUUGGCAAUCUUCCUGAAUAUCUGCCGUUUGUCUUGCAAGAAAUAACCAGUCAGCCUAAGAGGCAGUAUCUUCUACUUCAUUCCUUGAAGGAAAUUAUUAGCUCUGCGUCAGUGGUAGGCCUUAAACCAUAUGUUGAAAACAUCUGGACCUUACUGCUGAAGCACUGUGAGUGUGCAGAAGAAGGAACCAGGAAUGUUGUUGCCGAAUGCUUGGGCAAACUCACCUUAAUUGAUCCAGAAACUCUGCUUCCACGACUUAAAGGGUACUUAGUAUCAGGCUCAUCUUAUGCCCGAAGUUCAGUGGUUACGGCUGUGAAGUUUACUAUUUCUGACCAUCCACAGCCCAUAGAUCCACUACUAAAGAAUUGCAUAGGUGACUUCUUAAAAACUUUAGAAGACCCGGAUUUGAAUGUAAGACGAGUAGCACUGGUAACAUUUAAUUCAGCAGCACAUAACAAACCAUCCUUAAUAAGAGAUCUUUUAGAUACUGUUCUUCCACAUCUUUACAAUGAGACAAAAGUUAGAAAGGAACUUAUAAGAGAGGUAGAAAUGGGACCAUUUAAGCAUACUGUUGAUGAUGGACUGGAUAUAAGAAAGGCAGCUUUUGAGUGUAUGUAUACACUUCUAGACAGUUGUCUUGAUAGAUUAGAUAUCUUUGAAUUCUUAAACCACGUUGAAGAUGGUUUGAAGGACCAUUAUGAUAUUAAGAUGCUUACAUUUUUAAUGUUGGUAAGACUAUCUACCCUUUGUCCAAGUGCAGUACUGCAGAGAUUGGACCGACUUGUUGAGCCAUUACGUGCCACAUGUACAACUAAGGUAAAGGCAAACUCAGUGAAGCAGGAGUUUGAAAAACAAGAUGAGCUAAAGCGAUCUGCCAUGAGGGCUGUAGCAGCGCUCCUAACCAUUCCAGAAGCGGAGAAGAGUCCGCUAAUGAGCGAAUUCCAGUCACAAAUCAGCUCUAAUCCGGAGCUGGCAGCCAUCUUUGAAAGUAUCCAGAAAGAUUCAUCAUCUGCUAACUUGGAAUCAAUGGACACUAGUUAAAUGUUUGUUCACCAUGGGGACCGUUACAUUGAACAAUGCACUGAAUUGACAGGUUAACCAUAAAAAUGGAAAGAGAAGUAUCUGAAACUUCAUAAUGUUCCACUUUUGUUUUCUUUCAUGGAGACAGUUUGGCUUUCUUCCAUUGUUGCUUUUGUAGCUUUUAUUUCAAAAAUAUGUAUUUCCAUAAUCCAAAGGUUGUAAAACUACUAAUGUUUUAGUGGUUUGAGCCACAUUUCAAUGGAAAUAAAGUUAGAAUUUAUGGAGUAUGGAAUUAGGUUCCAGUAUCCAUUUUGCCCUGUAAUGUUUAGGAUUAAAAUGUUAAAAUUUUGUGACCAUGAAUUUUCUUUCUUUUAUAAUUCCUUCUUUUACUGUUUUAAAACAAAAUCAGAAAAGCCUCAAGACACAUACCAUGUUUUUGUAUAACUUUUAUUGUUUUUGUUUCAACAAUAUAAAUUUAUUUCUUUUGGCUGGCA